GAACGAUUCUCCUUCGUCUAAACUCAUCAAGACUCAAAAAUGGCUGCAGCGCGUGGUGGAGGUGCAUCUGGCACCAAGUUUCGCAUGACCCUUGGUCUCCCUGUCGGCGCCGUCAUCAACUGCGCGGAUAACAGCGGCGCAAAGAGCCUCUUCCUCAUUGAGCCAUACGGUUUUGGCGCACAUCUCAAUCGUCUACCGGAUGCUGGUGUUGGUGACAUGGUCGUCGCCUCAGUGAAGAAGGGAAAGCCCGAACUGCGGAAAAAGACUAUGCCUGCUGUUGUAAUUCGUCAGCGUAAGGCAUGGCGUCGAAAGGACGGCGUGUUUCUCUAUUUCGAGGACAACGCUGGUGUUAUCGUUAACCCGAAGGGUGAAAUGAAGGGCUCAGCUAUCACAGGCCCGGUCGCAAAAGAAUGCGUAUGUCAUAUAUCACUACCUCACCGAACUAAGUGUCGACCUUCCCCUUAGGCGGACCUUUGGCCACGUAUUGCGUCGAACGCAGGGACGGUGGUGUAGGAUACUCACAUGUAGCUUCUUUCUCUCUUUCCACUCGCAAUCGACGCAUCAUCCAUGCAUUAUGAACCAGCUUUCGGCACUCGUCCGAACGGCAGUGUAUUGUAUCGGGUGUAUCUUGAGUAUGACACAAUCGACACACUGUUCUCUAUAUACGACUUGAUGAUUUGGGCAUCAAGCGCUUAGUUCAGAGAGCUGUUCAGAGCCAUGGGCAGCAGGCACCUGAGCAGCCAAUGUGAUC